CUCCCGACAGCUACUCCUGACUAACUUCCAGGACAGCGGUGUGUUGAAGUUUGGAGAGGAAAAGCCUGACUUCGAUAAUAAGCGAACAAACCAGGAGAAACAAAUCUGACGCAGCCUAAAACGUGUCCUCAUUAUGGACGAUUUAGACGCAUUGUUGGCGGACCUGGAAUCUACGACAUCCCACAUUUCAAAGCGACCGGUGUUCCUGCCUGACGAGACGCCCUACUCCAUCCCCACCGGAGGACAGUCUUACCAGGAUGUGUCAGUCCCACCCCCAGUCCCUCCCCCUCCCUCAGCUGAGGCUCUGAACGGUUCCCUGGUAGAUACUCCAGGCUCCCACCACUCCUCACAACAGUCUUUAGGUUCAGCACAGAAGAGCUCAUGGUCCAGGGACAGUAGCAGUCCUCCACUGUCCCACAUUGAAGAGGACCACGUCUACAGUUUCCCAAACAAACAGAAGUCAUCAGACACGUCCACGGCAGCGAUGACCUCUGCCCUCGGCAGUAACCUAUCAGAGCUGGACAGGCUGCUGCUGGAGCUCAAUGCUGUGCAGCAGAACUCCCCUUCCUUCCCCACUACAGAAGAGGCAGCUCCACCCCUACCAUCCUGCAGCAUCACCCACUAUGAGAAUGGCAGCACCCCUGACAUCAUGGUGAGCCCUCCCCCUCAGGAGAAACCGAAGAGGAAUGGAACGAGACCAGACGAGGGCCGACCCACUGUGGAGAGUCUGUUGGAUGAGCUGGAGGGCUCUGUGCCUUCACCCAGCCCCAGCCCCUCCAAUCUCCACAGUGAUUUGGAUUCCUCUCAGCAACAAGCCAGAAUUUCUGCUUCUUGUGCCACAAGAGAGCUUGACGAACUCAUGGCCUCGCUGUCUGACUUCAAGAUUAUGGCACAAGGAAAGGGUGGAGUUCCCGGUGGCCCCCCAACGCAGGUUAAUAAGCUGGACAACAUGCUUGGCAGCCUGCAGUCUGACCUCAACAAGCUGGGUGUGCAGACAGUGGCCAAAGGAGUGUGUGGAGCCUGCUCUAAGCCCAUUGUGGGGCAGGUGGUGACUGCCAUGGGGCGCACAUGGCACCCUGAGCACUUUGUGUGCACACACUGUCAAGAGGAGAUAGGUUCCAGGAACUUCUUUGAGCGCGACGGACAGCCCUACUGUGAGAGAGACUACCACAACCUGUUCUCCCCACGCUGCUACUACUGCAAUGGACCCAUACUGGAUAAAGUUGUGACGGCUUUGGAUAGGACAUGGCAUCCUGAACACUUCUUCUGCGCUCAGUGUGGAUCAUUUUUUGGCCCAGAGGGAUUCCAUGAGAAGGAUGGAAAAGCUUAUUGCAGGAAGGAUUACUUUGACAUGUUUGCACCAAAAUGUGGUGGUUGUGCCAGAGCCAUUCUGGAGAACUACAUCUCGGCACUGAACUGCCUUUGGCAUCCUGAGUGUUUCGUGUGCAGGGAGUGCUUCACCCCAUUUGUGAAUGGAAGUUUCUUUGAGCAUGAUGGCCAGCCCUACUGUGAAGUGCACUACCAUGAGCGCCGUGGUUCCCUCUGUUCUGGCUGUCAGAAGCCCAUCACUGGCCGCUGCAUCACAGCCAUGUCGAAGAAGUUCCACCCAGAGCACUUUGUCUGCGCCUUUUGCCUCAAGCAACUGAAUAAAGGCACCUUUAAGGAGCAAAAUGAGAAGCCCUAUUGCCAGGGGUGCUUUGUGAAGCUCUUCAGCUAGGGAGGAGAGAGUCUCUAACGGCACAAGACCAUAUUUGUGGCAAGGCUUAGAUAAGUGUCUAAGGUUUGAGCAUCUUUAGAACGGAAGAGUGAGAUCGGAUGAGAUGUGUUUGUAUCUGAGAGGGUCUGUAUACUGAAGACAGCAUGUGAAGUGUGUAUGGUUUUAAGUAUGUGCAUGUUGUUAAAGCAGUAUAUUGUUGCUGUUAGGCUAAAAUCAUGUAUCUUCAAAAGUAAAUUUCCUCAGGAAUUUGGAAUAACAUCUCUAUUUUCAGAAUCACCGUGCAUCUUUGAUACUUCUAAGAUUUUUAAGUGGGUUUAUGGGCUCAAAGGUGAUGCAGCCUGCUUAAACUCUAAAGAACCAUGAAAAUCUUCAGUUCAAUCAAAAAAUAUGAAAUCCAUCAAGUUGAAGUUACAGGGUUUUUCUACAACAGCAGAAAUAUGCAGGAAAUUUAAGUUUCCCCAAUCCCCAAAGAGUGUAUUGGACAUUUCCUACAGGCCAAGUCCUGUAUCCUUUUCUGUGAUUCUCAGAGUAUUGUGUUUUUUAAACUUAUUAGUUUUAUCUUUGCUUUAUAGAGAGGGUGAAAUCUUACUGAACACUGUAGGAACACAUGAAAUACUAUGUGUGUUUGAGGGUGUUACUCACUGGUUGAGUGUGUCCUUUGAAAACCAUAUUAAAUUCAAAAUAAUCUAGCAGGGAGCAGGUGACCUGUUGUUGUUUUUAAACCAUACAAUAUAAAGCCUUUUUACAACUGUUCAGGGGGGAAAGGCUAUUGGAGGCUUUUUUUCCUCCAUUUUGUAAAGGAGAACAGAUGGAUACACUCAUGAUGUCAUUGUAGCAUUGACUGGAAAUAGGCUGAGUAAGCAUUCACAUUUAUUUUUGUAUGUGUGAAGUUUAUGACUGUCUUUAGGCUUUUAUGGAAUCAUUUAGCCAAAAAAAAGUUAGUUCUCCCACAUUAAGAUUCUGUGUUUUAACAUAUUAAUGCCAGAAUGUCAGAAACGAAACUGAGUUUCUUUUCUAAAUGAGCUGGAUGAAAGGCUUGAGUGAAUUUAGCAAGGUUUCCAAACCCGGAGUCAAAGAAAAACAAGUAGGCUUGUUGAAGUAUUUUUCUUUACCAAAGUCUAACCAUCCCCAAAUAGAGCAUUCAAAUACAUGGGUUGGAUACAUAAUCUACAGUGACAGACAUUAUUUACGUCCCUUAUCGGGUAUCCAUCCACAAACAGUAGUGAGGCAGCCGUUUCUCUGCGUCAUUUUAUUGUAAGGGGAACUAAUUAGCCGUAUCGUUAAACAAAACUCACAUUUUUAAAUGCUUCACUGCCAAAUCAUAAUUUGAGUUUGGAGAAAGUUCCUCUCGGGUGCUGAGCAGCAGUGCAGCAGUCGUUGAUCACUGUUCGUGAACAUCCAGUGAAAAGUGGAUGUGUGUGUGUGUGAUACUGGGAGUGUAUUGUGAUAAGAACCUCACGAUGAUAACACUAGCUUUACUGUUCCUGAGCUUCCCGCCAGCCUCAUAUUCCCCCUCUGACUACAUCCAAACCUUUUUUUGUAAAUAUUUGAUGCAGCCACAUUGUAAUGGAAGUGCUGGUCAGUUGAAGUUCAUGCUUUAUAUUUACAUCUGUUAACCACUCAUUCUGAGAGCGAGGGGUCCUCUGGUAAGGCAGAGCUAAGAUACUUUGGUAUUUUUUUAAAGUCUGUGUCAUUACUGUAUUGAAGCUGAUGAAUGUUCAUUAUUUUUUGAAAGAACUUCAUAAUGCACAAAGAUAACAAAAUUUGCAUGUGUAUGUGAUAUCCCAACACUUCUAUGCAAUUGUGGAUUAACAAAAGCUAUGUAGUCCAGCGUCUUUUUUUUUUUUUUUCUUUAAAGUAACAGGCUGUCUGUGCCAUUGUAUCAAUGCAAUGUCUUUUAACACUGGCAAAACCAGCAAUAUACUGAGAGCAGAUUGAUAGUCCAGGAUUAUCUUUUCAUAUAUUUAGUCUGUGAGUCCACUGAAACAUGUAGGCUGUUUAGAUGAAAGCCUGGCGGUAUUGAAGAAUCAUUUCAAGGACUAAGAUGACUCAUUUCCCUCAGCAUCUGAGUAGCAUCUACUGUAUGACCACCAGGGUUGGGUCUGUAGGCUUAGUACGUUGUUGAUCAUGUAAUGCAAUAGAUAUUGGGCCUUUGUCUUGUUCAGGGAAUUCCAGAGCCUUAAAUUUCAUUCUAUUUAAGAGAUCAUGUAACAAUUGUCUUUUCAAAUCAUUUUGGUAGAAUGUUAUUUAACCAAAGCCAUACUUUCUUCAAAUUGUUCUUGUUUUGUGUCUGUUCACAUUUUUUUCUCUUUUCAGUUCAAAUGUCAAUAGUUAUGAAUGGUGAGCUUCCUCACUUCUAGUUUGAAUACACAAAUAAAUUCUGUUUUGGUACCAAA